CAUACCACAAAUUAGAACCCUCCGUCCCUGUUUUCCGGUUUAGGGCCACCGGGCUAGAAGACGACCGAAGUGGCGGAUAUUAGUAGUAUGUGAAUUUUGGGCGUUGGCCGUCAAAGCGGGAACUUCAACAUUAUGGAAUCUCAGCUCAAAAAGACCUCUAAACCCAAAUUGUUGAACCCCAAUUGGGCGCUACUCCAACAAGUACUACUUGUUGUUGUUGUUGUUAAGCUCAAACCCCUUGGUUCAAACCAUUCACGGUCGUCUACUGUUCCGAAAUCCGAAGCUUCAUCAAAGACCCUUUUAGGGAAACGCAAGGAAAGAUCUGAUGUGGAGUCAAAUCAUUCCCAGAAGAAUAUUCUCAUUCCGGUGAACGAUGACUUUAGUCUUACAGAUGUAGUUGCUAUGGAUUGUGAAAUGGUUGGCGUGGGUCAAGGUAACAAAAGUGCCCUUGGACGAGUUACACUGGUAAACAAAUGGGGGAAUGUUAUAUAUGAUGAGUUUGUACGCCCUAUAGAGCGCGUGGUUGACUUUCGUACUCAAAUUAGUGGCAUAAGACCCUCCGACUUGAAGAAAGCGAAGGAUUUUUCAACUGUCCAGAAGAGAGUGGCUGAGUUGAUUAAAGGAAAGAUUCUUGUUGGCCAUGCCUUGCGUAAUGAUCUUAAGGCAUUGCUAUUGAGUCAUCCCAAGCAGGAUGUGAGAGACACCUCCGAGUACCAAUUCUUUCAGAAGGAAGGAUGUAGAAGAGCUCUGCGCCAUCUUGCAGCUGAGUUUCUUGGCGUUGAGAUCCAAAAUGGGGAGCACUGUCCUGUAGAAGAUGCUCGUUCUGCAAUGCUGCUCUAUCAGAAGAAAAGAAAAGAGUGGGAAAAGAGUGUCAAAGGUGAAAUAAAGCUUAAAUUGAAGCAGAAGAAACGCAAGCGAAGGAAGAAAUCCAAGGAUGGAGGUGGUUUUGAAUGAUCAAAUCAAACUCCUAAUAUCUUAAUCCGACUUAGAUCUUACAAAAAUGUGUAACUUGUUAGUAUAGAACUUAGAAGUGGGUAAAUUACAGGCAUUUGAAACCAUGAGUUCCAUUCUUUAUUAUGAGUGAGACUAUUGGUCUGUGUUCUUGGCCAAUUUUUUGAUCCUCAGGCUCGACAAGAAUUACUGGUUAUCAAUAUUGUAUGGAUGCAUCAACCUAAUAUCCUAAAGUGAAUAAUAUUGCUUAUGUUGUGAUUUUAA